GACAACCUGUGUCAUCCCUAUAUACUAAGUACUACCGUACUUAGUGUCCCAUACCUAUCUUGUCUCUUACUUUUUCCAUCCCUACCUCCUUUUUUGUUGUUUCUAGAAUGAAGUGAGUCAGAAGAGGUUAAAGAAACUGUCCAGCUUCCAACUAAGAGUUUUACAUCAUGCAUUAACAUUUCCUGCUGUCAAGAAAGUACUUUACUCUACCUGUUCUGUUUAUAAGGAGGAGAAUGAGAUGGUGGUGUGUAAAGCAUUGCAGAGGUUUGGAGGUGUCUUUGACCUCGAAGCUGUAAUGCCAGAGUGGAGCUGUAGGGGAUUUCCAGUGUUUCCUGGAGGUGAGAGAUGUUUAAGAUCUGGGCAUGACAAUGGAACAAAUGGAUUCUUCAUCGCACUUUUUAUACGAAAAGAAAUUGUUUGCCCACUGGUUGAGGAGGCAAGCAAAGUAAAGAAGCAACAACGAAGAACUCAAGCAAAACCUGUUACUCUUAAGUAAUAUUUGUUUACUUCUGUAUAUAUUUCAUCACGUAUUAGGACUGGAGUGUGGUUUGAGAUGCACCAAAAUCGUUUGUUCCUAGCUACAUUCCUCUUUCAUUUCAGUUUGAGCAAAAGUAAAAUUUU